AUGGAUCAGAAAUCCUCAACUUUGCAAAAAGAAAAGAGAUCACCUCACCAACAACGACCUGGGCAGUACGAGACAUAUGAUGAAAUUGUGAGCCAACAGAGAAAUUUGGCAAAGAAGAAAGUGCAUUACAAAAACGUGUAUCCAACGAACAAACAAUUUCUUCCUGAAGCACAUUUCCAAAUACCAGAGAGUGACAGAAACAAAUACUUAGCUCCUUAUCCUAGUGAUGAUUAUCAUAGACUACCCAAAGAGCAUGAGAAGCAGCCCGUUGGCCAAUUUCAAGACACUGCAAAUCCAAAAACUACUUCCCUAACAACCUUUCUCACUACAAGGAUAAAGCACCAUCAAGAAAAUAGAAGACCAGAAAGCCCAAAAACUGAACCAGUGAAAAGUUUUGAGAGAGAGACCAAAGAUGUAUGUUACGAUCCUUCCCUCCCUGCAGUUCAAUAUCGGGACCCCAACCUUGCAUCAUCAUCUGAAAACCCGGAUGGAGACCUCGCUGCCGUCCAAAAAGAUACUAUGGGACUGAAAAGCUUCUCAAAAAAACCAGUGCCAGUUCAAAAUGACAGAUCUGGUUAUGGAUAUCCUCCAACAAAUACCUCUGGAUAUGAAGAUGUAACUUUCCAUAGGUCAACCGAUAUUGAAUAUCAGCAGAAGAUUUCAGGCCAGCCUUACCCCGACACACGGCCAUACACAGAGAAGAGAACAUACACGGGCUCAGGAAAACCCAUACUGGCAAGGGCAGAUGCUUACGAUUUAGGCAGCUUGGGAUUGGGUGAGCAUGGAAUUCAGGGAGAAAAGAGACCUGAGGAUCAAAUCAAGGACAAUGACAAAGAGGGGGAGAAGUAUGAAGAACAGUACAGAGUGAUUCAGUGUAAAAGGUACACAAGGAACUUUAAAACGCUUCUGUGGGCACUAUUCAUCAUAAAUACCCUACUGGUGCUGGUUGGUCUAGCUCUUUUGCUACUAACCAUGAUACACUUCCUGUUCCGUAACCACAUCAACAUUGUGAUCGGCCAAACAGGUUUUGUCAACUGGGUUUGGGGAGCGAUGGCGCUUUCUCUAUGCAUCAUCAUUGUGGGGGUGUAUGGCAUCAUCACCUCCAUCACCAGAGCUAAACCUAUGCUUGUGGCGUACUGCAUCGCAGCAGCCAUUCUGGCUCUGGUCAUCUUGAUCUAUCUGCUGAUAUUCUGGCUGAUGUUCUCGAACCUCAAGGACACAGAGAGAUACUCCAUGGUAUCCACUUUCAACAAGUACAGGUGCCAACGCUGGAUACGACAGGGUUGGGAUACUGUGCAGGAGAAGGUGAGUUGA